CAGAUGUCAAGUCGUCCUGAAGUCUGUGCGAUAAAAUUUCGUUUUUUAUUAUUAUUUUAGUUUUCUCGUUUUUGUUAUCCAACCUUUUAAGUCUUACGCUUAGAAUAUAUGCGUCAGUGUGUUCCAUUCCCUGUCGACCAUUUCAAAAUAUUCAUAUAGGGACAAUUUUUACGGUCCGAAUCGCUCUUGAGUUUCCGGCUUCGUCGUUAUCAGGGGCCAUUCGAAGGCGGUUCGCUGUUGUAGAAGGGCGGUGAAUACUAUGUGAUAUUAUUUUAAUGUAUAUAAUAUAGUAUGAUGCCUAUCGUAUAAUAUUGUAGACGUCAACAAAAUAUAUCUAGGCCUUAAUGCCUUAUCAAUAAUUGCGUGCACUUUCAGAAUAAUUCUUGUUGAAUGAGACGAUCCGUGAUCGUCAACGACCGUACGGAAACUUGGUUUUUAGAAAGUUUGGAUUUUUUUUUUGAUUUGUUUAGUUUUUUUUUACUUUACGAACAUAAGUGACCGAGACUGUUAAUUUCCAAGAUGAUGACCCGUGCUGACGGUUUAGUUCAAAGACGUAAUGUUAAUAGAGAAACUUCGGACGGUCUAGCCAGAGGAGAGAACGGUCAGUCUGCUGAUAAACUAGAUUACGAAGAGGAUAUUGAUGACGGUGACUCAAAAGAGACACGACUUACAUUGAUGGAAGAAGUACUAUUGCUUGGUCUCAAAGAUAAAGAAGUAUGUACCCUGUAUAAUACAAUACAGGUAUAAAACACCAAUAGGCAUAGUUACGAGUAAAUUCAUGAUAUCCUCAGUUUUAUAACUAUCAUGAUCAACAAUUACAUUUUUUUUUUUUUUAUCAUUGGUAUUUAAAAUACAUAGUAUGUACAUAACUAUGUAAACAUUUAACCUAAUUAAAAAAAUAAACCGAAAUUAUUGUUAGAAAAUCUCAGAAAUAUCUGAGGUACCUUAAAUAUCUAAUAUACCGUUUCAUUAUUUAAUUUUUGUUUAUUAUAAUUAAAUAGAGGUAGGGAAUAUGUCAGUACUUAAUAAUAUUGUUAAAAAAGGUACAUACCACAACGGCUAUUAGGUAUCAUUAGUUUGAAUAAUUUUAACAAAAUACGUAGGUAGGUUCUUGAAAAUAUAUUGCAUGCAUACAUAUCUGGAUAUAUCUACCAAAAUUUAUAUUUGUAAGUAUUUAUUAAUCUAUGUCACUUUCUAUGGUUAUUAUUCCUAGUAUGACUUUCAUUAUGCGCUUAGUAUGAACCUACAAUGGUAUUAGUAAAUUAAAUUCAGGUAGGAUUUCAAGGUAUCUAAAUCCAACUAUAAAAUUAAUAUGAGAUGAGUAUAAUUUUAAAGAUUUGUAUAAAUAAUUUAUUAUUAAACUACCUACUUAACUAUGAAAGCUGUUUCAUAAUAAUCGGGUAUUACUACUUAUGGUAGACAAAUUGACCAUCACGUGUCCACACAAUGAACAAAACAAUAUUAGAUCAAUAAGAUAUUAAAUUUUAAAAUAUUGGUCAAUAAAUCACUUUUUAAUAAUUUUAAUAAGUUAACAGCUCUAAAAAAAUGUUCUGUACGAAAAAAAAAACAUAAUUAUAAAACUAUCAAUUUUUUCUUACUUCAGUAGUGUAAUACCCAUAUAAUACGUACUGUGUAUAUGAAAGUGAGUGAUAGCAUAUAAUAUAUUAUUUACCUGUAUAUUACGUCAGAGAGUAAAUCACUAAUAGAAAUCUGUGUACAUAUGUUUGUUAAUUGUGGUAUUCUGAAGUCUGGUGUAUUAACUAUUGAUUAAUGAUUUACUCUCUGUAUAUGUGUAUAAUGUAUAUAUUUACCUUUAUUGUAUUUUGUUUUUAAAUAAUAGAAGUUUUAUAAUAUUAAAUAAUUAUUCUAUCAUCUCUUAAUCCAAACUUAUCUAUUAAAUUUUAAUGCAAUAUUCAAAAUAUAUCUAAAUAAAUAAAAAUAUAUUUUAAAGUAAUAGAUACCCAAUUAUUUACCUUGGUUUGAUUUAUAACAAUAUAUGUUUGAACUCUUUACUACUUUGAUUUGUAAACCAAAACAUUAAAAUUAAAAUAAUACAUAUUUACUAAGAGGUUUUCUAUUGACUUGUUGUUUUACGUACAUACCUCAAAAGAAAUUAGUUCUAAUAGUUGCACAAGUAGUAGACAUAACAUUCACUGUUCCACUAUUAAUUUAAAAUAUUAUAUUAUUGAUUAGAUUUUUACUAUUCAUAAAGUAAAAAUGUAUUAAAGAUUUUAUUUUUGUGCUACUUUAUUUUCAUUGAGAUCCUUGUAUAAAUUCACAAAAAAAUAUCAUUGUUUAUCUAAACCGAGUGAUCAAUCCUUAUUAAGAUGCUAAUUAUGUCAUAAUGUAUUAACUUUUAUAGAAAUUUGUUUGGACAAUUUGAGAAACAGUAGCUCUAAAAUGUGUCCAUUAUUUUUAGAACUGAAACCAAAAGUAGAUAGUGAUUUCACCCUUAAAAAUAACAGUUAUGUCAUAUUUUAGAGUUGUUUGUUUUUUUAAAUUGUCCAAAAAAAUAAUUGCGAUAAAACUAAAUAAUGCUUUCCGAAAUAAUGAAUGUCUAGCUAUGAAAUGAUCACCCAGUAUAUAAAAAAAAAUUAUUUUCUGGUUAAUAGUAUGUAAAUAAUUGCUCAUAGUUGUAUAAACAUCGUUAUCUGUUUUUAGACAUUACAUUUUUUUAUAGUUUCUAUUUCCAAUUUCCACACACUAAAAUAUUUAUCAAUUCCAUAUCCCUUUUUAUAAUACAAAUGUGUUAUGCAAAUUAUUUAUUUUGAAGUUAUUUUUAUUAUAUAUUUAUUAUAUACAUACUUUCAAUCAAUAAAUAGAUAAUAUGUGUAUAGUGUGUGAUGCAAUAACACAAAUAUUAUCACCUGUAUGGUUUUUGACUACCUAAGUAUGAUGAGUAUUAUUAUUAUUAUAUUUUGAAUCUAAUGGUUUUCAAUUAGUAAUAUAAUUCAAUUUUUUUUAAAUAAGUUAUUAUAUUCCUUAAUUGUAGGUAUAUACCUCACUACUUUAUUUUUAAUUUAAUUAAUUAAAAUCAUAUCUAAAAAAUGUCAUUCCUAUUUACCUAUUAUUAUAUUUCAGGGUUACACCUCAUUUUGGAAUGAUUCAAUUUCUUCUGGUUUACGAGGGUGUAUACUUAUUGAACUUGCUCUUCGACAAAGAAUUGAAUUAGAAAAAGCAGGAAUGCGAAGAAAAAGCUUACAAAUGAGAAAAGUAAUUAUAAAAAAUGAGACGCCUACAGGUGAUGUUCUUUUAGACGAAGCACUUAAACAUAUCAAAGAAACCAAUCCUCCUGAAACAAUACAAAGUUGGAUUGAAUAUUUAAGUGGUAUGAUUAAUAUUUAAUUAGUUCUUAUAAAUUAAUAACUAGAACAAUAACGUAGUAGUUGACUUAAUUUUUUCUUAUAGGUGAAACAUGGAAUCCUCUAAAAAUCAAGUAUCAAUUAAAAAAUGUACGAGAACGGUUAGCCAAAAAUUUAGUAGAAAAGGGUGUUCUUACCACUGAAAAACAAAAUUUCCUAUUGUUUGACAUGACGACACAUCCAUUAACAGAUAACGAAGCUAAACUUAGGCUAGUUAAAAAGGUAAUUAAUUUACUAAUAAAUUAUUGUACUUUUACCUUUUCUCUAUAAUUUAUGUAAAACUUUUACACAUAUCCACUACUAUUUAAAAAUAUUAGGUGCAAGAUGCUGUUUUGUCUCGAUGGAUCAAUGAUCCACAUAGAAUGGAUAAACGACUUCUAGCUCUAUUAAUAUUGGCCCAUGCGUCUGAUGUACUGGAAAGUGCAUUUUCUCCACUUAAUGAUGAAGAUUAUGAAUUAGCCACUCGCAGAUUACGAGAACUAUCGGAUAUGGAUUUAGAAAUUGAAUCAAUGAAAGGAUCUACAAAUGAUGUAAUUUGGGCUGUAUUUGCCAGUUUCAAUAAAUAAGUAAUAUUCUAUAACCUAUAAAUUAUACAAAGUGUUUAACAUAUUUUUGGGGACUGUAUAUAAUAUGAAUUCUAUUUGUAUUACAUACACUUGCAGAUACCAACUGUAUCUGUAAUCUAUUGCCAUUACAUUUUACCAAUUUCAUAAAAUUAUAUUUUUGGCUGAACUGCAGAGCUUUUACAUCAAGAAAAUCUAAAUUUUUUAAACAAUGUAAAUAAUUUUAUUGUUAUUAUUGGGAUAAUGAUAAAAAAAUGAAUAUCAUUGCCAUGUAUUAUAUAUGUGUUAUAAUAAUUUAUUAUAAUUGUUUAAAUUAAACUAGUAUUUUUUGCUGUGGGUACAACUAAAAUUGAAAAUGAUAAUUAUGUAUUGCAAUUUACUAUUAUUUAAUUUGUUGUACCUUGUAGUUCAGUAUUAACACUGAUAGAGCUACAAAUUUUUAGUGCCAUUUUUUUUUUUUUCUUGAAUUCACUAUUAUUAUGUCAAAUGUGUAUAUAAAUAUUUAUUUUUCAAGUUGAAAUUUAAAAUAAUUUGUUUUAUAAAUAUUGUUAUAUUAUUCAUUUUUAGAAAGUACCAAUUCAUAUUGUAAUUAUUUUCAUUCUUCGUAUUUCUAUUCAAAUCCUUUGAUUUCAAGUAUCAUUAGGUCCACAGUAAAUAUUAUUUACUUAUUAUAAUUGUAAAUAUUGGGGUUUUUUUUAUGUUAUAAUAAGUAUUAUCACUGUCUUUUACUUACUAUACUUCGGUGUACAGCAUAAAUAUAUUUUAUUCCAUUACAUUUUAUGGAAUAGUAAAUGGUGUGAAAAAUACUUCAAUACAUUCAUAAGCCUUAAAUAUUUUUGUUUUGUAUAUUUAAUUAAUUUUAAUUGCAUAGAAAAUUUAUUUUUAUUACAUUUUUUUAUGGAUUAUCAAAGAAUGAAUAAUUUUUGUAGCCAGAAAAAAAAUUUGGGAGCUAGACACUAAUAAUUUAAAUUAUUAUCUUAUAUUUUUAUAGAAUGAUAAAAUACAUUAAAAUUACCGAUUACAAAAAUGUUGGGGCACAUAUUCCCCGUUUUUGGCUACAAUACUAGUAUGGCCACUUACAAUCAUUAUUUUUGUUUCAUUUUUAUCAUGUAUGACCAGGUCUAUAUAAAAAAUAUAUAUAUGAAAAUAUAAUGUUUAAAAUUGUAUGUCAAAUCAUCUGGUUAUACUAAUUUCAUGACAAUGCUAUUAAUUUCUUUCAUUAUGUUAUAAUAAAAAAAUAGUACCUAACUUAGUAUAAUAGCUGGUAAAAAUGUAAACAAUGGUUGUAUAAAGAAAAAAAAUGCUAUAUUCGGCUGUGAUGGGUUUUUGUAAAAUGUAUGAAAUAUUGUACAUAAUAUAUAAAUAAAACUAAAUAAAUUAAAAUAUUAAUAUUUUAUAUAAUAUUAUAGUGACCAAAUGUUAUUGACUUAAUUAUUUUAACAUUGAUUAUCUUACACACAUAAACUUUAUCUAGAUUCAUUUAUUUUAAUUAUUAUUUGUUAUUGUCAUUAUAUUAUGUAUUUUAAUUUAUUUCAUUAUUUUUUUAAUAAUUAUUAGUAAAUUUUAAUAACUCAACAAUAUAUUAAGUGUUAAAAAUGUAUCCCUGUUAUUUUAAACAUUGAUUAAGGGUUACUAGAUUGUAUAUGUGGGUAAUGUUCUUAGGGUUUAUUUAAGUAUUCUUGAAAACAAAAAUUGUUCAAUACAUUAGAGCAGCACUAAAAAUAUUAAUAGUUUAAAAAAUAAAAUUAUUUUAAACAAUAGAAUGUAAAUUCCUGUUUACCAUCCUUUGAAAAUCUUAUUAAUUCAAUAAAAUUAAAAUAGGUAAAAAACAAUGCGCGCAAACAUCAGAAAUUGGAAUAUCAAUCACUAUAUCUAGUGUUUUAGAUUAGGUGAUAUAACAUUGUUCCCAUUUAUAUUUAUAUUUAUUAUUAUUUAUAUUUUACUCAAAUGUUACUGUCUACUUAAACAAACAGGCUUAUGCAAUUAGACUCUACUCAAUUUGAUAUAAAAAGUAGUAAUAAUAUUCAUUAUUCCUAACAAAUUAUUGUACAGUUUGUUAUGUAUAUGCAAUAAUUUAUUAUUGAAAGCCAUUAUUAAACGGUGAUUGUUCUAGAAAGUAUUAUAAAUCAUCUACGUGAAAAACGAUAGCCCACCUAUCUAAAUAAUAAGAUAAUUUGCUACUACGGUAUUUGAUCAUAUAGGUCAUCUAGUGAGACCCUUAAUUAGUGGAAUUAACCUAAUUGUGCAUAAUAAGCCUGAAAAUUCCAUGACAAUUAUAAUAUACAAAUAUAUGUUCUAAAUUAAAAGUAUAGAUAACAGAUUGAAUUAUAAAAAUCUAGAACCUACACUGUUAUUUUAAUAUUGUAUUUUGUUUACAUUGUAUAAAUGCCUGGAAAACAAUAUUGUUAUUAAUGAUAAUGCAUCUAUUUAUUAAAAUAUGAAUAUUAUAUUUCACCACAUAGUUUUAUAUACCUACCACAUUACAGUAUAUUAUUAUUAUUUAUUAUUACUAUUAUUAUUUUGUAAGACUUAAAUAUUACAAUAAUAUAUAAAUCAACAAUAUUGUAUUAAUACAUCUAAGGUGCUCA